UGGAGUUCUAAACCAAGCCCGAGAGAGGGAGCGCAAGGAGUGAGCUAACAGAACUAGAAACUAGAGGUGCAUUUUUACUCCAUCGAACAUCGCUUUUGAAAGACUGUCACUUUUACUGCCCUGGAGCCAACUUUAGCCUUUUUAGUAUAACACCCUCGAUCCCCGUCUGAAAACUCACACACGGUCGUGUCAGCUGGCAUGAGCUAACCCACCAGACAUGGAAACCAAACCUUUCAUGUCAUUGGGGUUCCUGAAGCCCCAGUGCUCGCUGGCUCCGCCCCCCCAGCGAGGACGCUCGGGGGAGGCCUGCUCCUGUUUCACCGGCAUGUGUCACCUCCACCACCCCCGGAUAUCUACAGGUAACACUCAACGCCAUCUCCACAUCCCCUCGCCAUCUUCCCCGUCAUGGCAGACGCCGCACCUGGGAAGACACCUAUAUCAAAUAAAUUCAUCAGGUCAGGUGACCUCAUCUCCACUGAGCUCUCCCACGUCCCACCGGGGCAUGCACCCAUCCCUGCUCAACCCGUCCUCCAUGGGGCCCUCAGGCUCCUUGCACUCUCCCAUCAGCACCCUGAGUUCUCCCAUGAACGGCCUGGGCUCGCCCUUUUCUGUCAUCAACUCCCCCAUGGGCCCACACUCCAUGUCCUCGCCCGGCAUGGGCUACGGCCCCAGUGUCAGCCCCCAGAUGUUCCAGCUGAACUCCCAGAUGAACUCCGUCAGCAGCUCGGAGGACAUCAAACCCCCGCUGGGUCUCAACGGGGUGAUGAAGGUGCCCGCCCAGCCCUCGCCGGGGUGCAUGCCUCUCUCCCUCACCAAACACAUCUGUGCCAUCUGCGGAGACCGCUCCUCAGGUAAACAUUAUGGAGUGUACAGCUGUGAGGGCUGUAAAGGCUUCUUCAAGAGGACAGUGCGGAAGGACCUGACCUAUACCUGCCGCGACAACAAGGACUGUCUGAUCGACAAGCGCCAGCGCAACCGCUGCCAGUAUUGUCGCUACCAGAAGUGUCUGGCCUGUGGAAUGAAGAGAGAAGUUUUGUUACACACAGCCGUCCAGGAGGAGCGCCAGCGGGCCAAAGAGCGCAGCGAGAACGAGGUGGAGUCCACCAGUGGCGUCAACGAGGACAUGCCCGUGGAGAAGGUCCUGGAGGCCGAGCUCGCUGUGGAACCCAAGACCGAGACCUACACCGAGACCAACCUGGGCAUGCCAUCCAACUCGCCCAACGACCCGGUGACUAACAUCUGCCAAGCAGCCGACAAGCAGCUCUUUACACUGGUGGAGUGGGCCAAGAGGAUCCCCCACUUCUCUGAGCUGCCCCUGGACGACCAGGUCAUCCUCCUACGAGCAGGGUGGAAUGAGCUCCUCAUCGCAUCCUUCUCACACCGUUCGAUAGCGGUGAAAGAUGGGAUCCUCCUGGCAACAGGGCUACACGUCCAUCGUAACAGCGCCCACAGUGCUGGAGUGGGAGCCAUCUUUGACAGAGUGCUCACAGAACUGGUGUCCAAGAUGAGAGACAUGCAGAUGGAUAAGACAGAGCUGGGGUGCCUUCGAGCCAUUGUCCUCUUCAACCCAGAUUCUAAAGGCUUGUCAAACCCAGGCGAGGUGGAGGCUUUGAGAGAGAAGGUCUACGCCUCUCUGGAGGCCUACUGCAAACAGAAAUACCCAGAUCAGCCUGGCAGGUUUGCCAAGCUGUUGCUGCGGUUACCAGCCCUGCGUUCCAUUGGUCUGAAGUGUCUGGAGCACCUGUUCUUUUUCAAGCUCAUCGGGGACACGCCCAUCGACACCUUCCUCAUGGAGAUGCUAGAGGCGCCCCACCAAAUGACAUAACUGCAGGCGGGGCGUCGCCCAUGUUCCCCUCGCCCCCUCCGCCUCUAACCCCUCUGGAUACGGAGGGUGGUCCUGCAAACCACUCCCCCUCGAGAGAUUAUGUGACAUCAUUGGAUCUAGAGAAGUCCCCCUCUUUGAUGUUUCAAAAAACAAGUUCAAUGUCCAUGGGUCUGGUUUAUA